AUCUAGAAUUCUGAAUCUGAAUAUCUUCCCCCUCAUCCUCACCACCAACUUCCAACAUGCCCAAACUAAAGACUGGCAAGCGCAACACUGCCGCUGCUGGCACACCCUAUGAAAAAGCUGCUGCAUUGACCAAUUCAUUCAAGCACAAUAAAGAUUAUGGACAACAUAUUCUUAAAAAUCCUGGAGUGGCAGAAGCUAUCGUGAAGAAGGCGAACCUCAAACCCACGGAUACAGUACUCGAAGUCGGUCCAGGUACAGGAAAUUUGACUGUAAGGAUAUUGGAAAGCGCAAAGAAAGUCAUAGCCGUGGAAGUAGAUCCUAGAAUGGCUGCAGAAGUCACAAAGAGAGUGCAGGGGAAACCGGAACAGAAAAGAUUGGAAGUUCUCCUGGGCGAUGUCAUAAAGACAGAACUGCCACAUUUCGACGUGUGCAUAAGCAAUACUCCUUAUCAGGUAUGUCGCUCUCGAUUUUCUUCCUGUGCUUAUGGAUAAAAUUCUAAUGGUCGAACAGAUUUCGUCACCACUUGUCUUCAAACUGCUAUCCUUGCCAAACCCUCCCCGAUGUAGUGUUCUCAUGUUUCAACGCGAAUUCGCUCUCCGUCUUACUGCACGCCCCGGUGAUUCACUCUACUGUCGGUUGUCUGUCAAUGCGCAGUUCUUCGCCAAGAUCACACACAUAAUGAAGGUUGGUAAAAAUAACUUCAGGCCACCUCCACAGGUUGAAUCCUCUGUUGUGCGGAUCGAACCCAAAACAGGCAAAGAGCGUCCAGGGGUCAGUUGGGAAGAAUGGGAUGGCAUGUUGAGGAUAUGCUUCGUACGAAAGAAUAGAACUAUGAGGGCUAGUUGGUUGGGAAUGAAGCAAGUACUUGCGAUGUGUGAGAGAAACUACCGAGUUUAUUGUUCAACGAACAACAUUGCUCUCGAUGAAACUCCAGUUGAUGAAGAAGACGAGGAUAUGGAUCUGGAUCUGGAUGAUGCGCCAAUUGCUGAGGAAGGAGAAGAAGAGUGGGAAGGAAACAUGGAUACCGAUAAAGGCGAGGAUGAAGUGCCUUCUUUCUUCCAGGAACUUAAAGGAACCAACAAGCCUAAAACUAAAAGCAAAGUACCCAAAACCCGAGUGGCGGAACUCGUUCGAGAAAAAAUACGCAAAGUUUUGGAGGAUGUAACUGAGUUAGCGGAUACGCGUGCCGGGAAAUGCGAUGAGAACGACUUUCUCAGAUUGCUAUUUGCAUUCAACGAGGAAGGAUUGCAUUUCUCAUGAUUACGUUUAGAUAUUCUGGGUUGCGCGAAAUGGCGUUAUUUAUGUAUAUAGGCAUGGAGUUGGUUGAAGGUUUUUAAGGUUCACAUUUGAGUCCCUUCAAAGUUGGGAUUGCUGGAUUUAUGAUAAACUCUAUUUGGGCUGUCCUUGUUCCUGUAGGACUCUUGAUGGGACGAUAUGGUGUUUGGGUGAACUCUGCUUGGAGUAUCUUGGACUCUCAUCAUACUUUGGGAUGUGUCUACAAAUUUUACACAGUUAAGUUGAGGACAAGAAUGCACGGUGGUAAGAGAAUGAAAGUUGAAACAAAGUAUUGUU